AGUAUAUAUGCAGUGUCGACACGCAGACGACAACGUCGCUCGCUCGCUUUUGCUGUUUAUCUUAUCAAGUUUCAGUAUUUCGGUAGAAUUUAUUCGUAUAUGCUAUCGUCACUACCUACAGCCUUCUGCCGAAUCAGUUGAUAACGUGCCUGGUUAGACAGAAGCCACUACGCGCUAAACUUUCAAGUAUUUGGGGACACUUGCAGACUAACAAGGAAACCGAAAUGGCAGCAAAUGAUGCACCCGUAUUGCAAUCCUGUAUUCCACAUCCUAUUGAAGAAGGGCGCCUGCUGGAUGUAGUUGAGAAAGCCAAGGAUUGGGCCAUCAUGCACGGAGCUGCUAUGCGGUCCAAGACCAGUUUCAGCCCGGAUGCCCUUCAGCUUUCUAUUGCCCCGUUUAUCUUGACACCGAGUUCAUUCCCAAGAAAAGAAUUCGAAAAAGCCGUGGAGCUUCAAGUAACGCUUAACGAGCUGAUGCACUAUGUAGCGCACGAUGAAGAAUUUCUCAAGGAAACAUUGAAGAAUACAAUUAUGGUGGAUGCUUUUACAGGAUCUUUAUUCAAAAUUUAUGAAACCGUACUGAAGGAAGGAAUCGCUCAGCCGAUUUCGUUGGGACUUUUACGAUCCGAUUUGAUGCUGGAAACAAGGUGCGAGAACUCAUGCAAGGUCAGGUGCGCUCGGGCCAAGGCCUACUGCUGCUGGAAACAGGUGGAAAUUAAUUCCAUCGCCUCGGGCUUUGGUCAUUUGGGACCGGCGAGCAAAGCCAUUCAAAGCUACAUUCUAAAGGAGUUAGGCCAUGCUGAAAAGCUAGUUGAUCUUCCGGAAAACCGUGCACUAUCGGGGUUGUGCGAGGGCAUGGUCGAAGCAUGGAAGCUCCAGAGCAAUACCUCAGCGGUGAUCCUGUUCGUGAUUGAGGACAUUACGUACAACAUUUGCGAUCAACGAUUCCACGAAUUCUACAUCCGGGAAACAUAUCCCCAUAUUACAGUCAUUCGUCGCAAUCUAACUGAAAUCUACGAACAGGGAAAAUUGGGAUCCAACGGUGAACUGCUAAUCGGAGAUCUGGUGGUAACCGUCAUCUACUUCCGAGCAGGCUACGAACCGGGACAUUAUCAUGGACCGAACGAAUGGGCAGCUCGGUUACUGAUGGAGCGAUCCAAGGCCAUAAAGUGUCCUUCGAUUCAAUAUCAUCUGGCUGGAACCAAGAAAGUCCAGCAAGCGUUAGCAAAACCCGGAACUUUGCAACGAUUCAUCGCAGAUGAGUCGAAAAUAGAAAGCAUCAAGGAUAUCUUUACAGGAUUGUACUCGUUGGAUAAAGGUGAGGAAGGAGAGAAGGCCGUCAAGUUGGCUCUUUCCAAUCCAGAACGAUAUGUGUUGAAGCCGCAACGGGAGGGUGGGGGCAACAAUGUAUACGGCGCUGACAUUCCUGGGGCUUUGGAAAAAAUGAACGGUGAUGAACGAUCGGCCUGGAUUCUGAUGGAACGCAUUUUCCCACCACUGUCACGAGGUUACAUGGUUCGCCCGGGAGGAAAAAUGCCACCGGAAAUCGUGGAUUUGGUGUCGGAGCUGGGAAUCUUCGGUGCAAUCAUAGGAUCCAAGGAUAAAAUCCUGUACAAUAAGCAAGUAGGGCACAUGUUGAGAACUAAGUUGUCUAGUGCAAACGAGGGAGGAGUUGCUGCCGGCCUUGGAGCCUUAGACAGUCCAUACUUGAUUGAUUAGCAUCAAUAAAUAUAUUAACCACUUUUAUGCAUAUUUUCUUAUUCCAGAGCAUUUGGCGUAAUGCUGCAUUUCUGUUAAUGUAUUAUUAAUAAAAAGAUGGAUUUUAUAUAAUUUUUAA